AUGCAAAUUCUCGCCCUUCUCCUUACAUUCCUGCAGCUAGGACAUGCUUCUGCAUCACUCCAUCAGCAAGCAAAACGCGGCGCAGAGACCAACGCUACGAUCUACGCAUACGGCGCCAACGCCUCAUCCUGGCCAAUUGCCUACGGCGUCAAUGAUGGCCUCUUGUAUAUCACUGAAGACCCAACCGCCAAUGAUGGCAUCGUUCCCAUUGAGUGGAAUUUAGCCUCCAUCACGGGCGAGUGCUGGAUUGCGAACGCAACUUUCGUCAAUGGUACCAAAGCUGGAUCAAUGUAUAUCAAGCCGGAGCAGAACUACGCCGUUGGCAUUCUGCCGCAGACCCGUGUGGCGUAUCUGAAUGGUACCGUGUCUGGUUUCGCACUUUUCGCGACUCAACUUGUCUAUAACAAUAAUACCCUGCUGGAGGCACAAUUUUGGGCCAAGUCUACCAAUACCACUGGUAUCUAUGGUCUCAUGUGGACACUUGACGAUAGCUCGCCGAAUGGUGACUUUCCGGUUGUUGUCAAGGCAUCGGAAGACUCCUGA